AAUCAGGGCAGCAAUCGCCGUCUAGCACGCGGGCCACGGCCCGCCGACUGGAGCGGGAGAUGGAAGGUUACCGGAGUGCAGACAACCCUGCCUGCGUCGGCGACUCCGGAGGAAACAGCCUGCUCGCCCCGCUGCAGACGUUUAGCAACUGGUGGGCCAAGAACUUCGAGUCGGACGAACUAAACUCUGAGGACAACGCAUCAUACACUUUAAGCGACAUCUGGUAUCCGACAGCAAAUUGCUCCUGCCCCGAUCGUUCUCACAGUGAGAGGCACUUUCGCCCGCAAAGUCAGCUUGCUUUUCGUUCUUUACAAGCGUCGCUAUGCGGUGUCGAGUGUGCUUUCCUGACGUGACCGUCACGGCGCAAGAGCAAUUUGUGUAGCGAUAUCUUGACCGAGGCACAUGCCGCAUUCCGCGCGGAGGCCUCGGACGACCUGGACCUCCUCUUCUGUGCCGACUUCCUCUUCUUGUGCGCACUGCUCGCCCUUGCGACGCCGGCAGACGUCCACGCUGUGGACCGCAUGAUAGCCUCCUUUACCGCAACAGAAACGUCGCUCGCCGCCACUGCGGACAGUGUAACGUGGUCCGUCGUCGGUGUAGAAGCGAGAAGCAGUAGCAAUGCGCAGGAACCGACCUCCCGAAACGGAGUCGGCGCGACACUCAGCACCCCAAACACCCCAAUGCUGCUGCUGUUUGGCUUGAACAUGCUGGAUUUUGUGGCGCCGCGGUUCUACCAGCACAUGUUGUUCCUCUUUCGUGUGUUGGACCGACGACCCGGAACGAUGCUGGCGGUAGCGCAUGAGCACCAGAACCCCAUCUUCCGCCACCAGACUGGAGUGAAUGCGGCCCUUGUCCCGCUGCUGGGCAUCGCCGUGUUCGAAACGGAGGCAGCGGCAACGGACGAUCGUCUGCGCCAACUGGAGCGUCGUGUGGUGCAUCCAUUGAUACGAAGAAGAAAAAACGAGUCUUGCUUUUACUGUACAGGCGGCACUCACCAUCAGCAAAGGCUUUGUGCUGAUCGAAAUUUUUGUAAACACAAGACAGCCAACGCAUAUUGAACAAAGGGAAACCGCUUUUCUUCUUCUAUAAUCAGAGGCACUAUUUCCAGCCGACCGCCCAAUAUACAACCCUGCAGCGACGCAGCCUCGAAACGAGAUGCACGAAGAUGUUCGCCGGCGUGUCCUAGUGCUGCGCUCCCCCUUCUUCCAACGCCGGCAGGGAUACUGGUUUCGCGCACUCUGUGCCCGCCUCGAACCGCUACUAUGAAACUCAAAUCCGGGCACACAGCGUCAUGCCUGGCAUGCUGGGCGAUAUUUACGUCAACCAAGCAUUUCAGGGUGCUCGCUGCUAGUGCGCAUUCGCUUUUCAUACCUACUGGAGUUUGACUUCGUGAACACGCUGGGGGAAAGCGCAAUCGGCCAAACGGACGCAUCCACCGCAGACCGCACUACAAAUGACACGCGGUCGGCGGACCUGCUUGUGGGCGAAAUACCUCCGCCGACAAGGCGUCAGCCAAAGCCUCCGCUCGAGCGCACAAACUGGCAAACCCUCUUCGGCGAAGCGACCGACAACACCACCGCUUCGUCAGCGCCCGACGCACCGUGGUCCGGCUAUGUCUCUGCGAAUCUUGGUCGCCUGGUGGCGCUACGGAAAUAAAUGCCCCCCUGCAAAAACCUGCCCGGGCCACUUGGCCCCGGUUCAGUAGCACAUAGGCGUCCUUGCCAAGUGGAAAUAAAAAAGUGGCUACAGAAACAAGCUACUUUAGUUUGGAUUAUUCCAACACCCAGGCUGUGUUGUGGACACUGCAAUGGAAACCACGCGUUUGUCAAAUUAGCAAAAAAGCACGUAUUACAAAUUGGAAUGCCGACAGCUGAACAGCAAACUGGCAACGAAAAUGCAUCGCGCAGAGGGGUUGGAAUCGUCUUCUGUACAGUGUCUUGCAUGCCUCAGUAAGGUAUCUACCGGAAUUGACAACCACUCGCAGCGGUUCGCAGGGAAGACUCGAAAGCAAGUAGUACCCGGACGACCAAGACUUACUACUGCAUAAUCGAGUGACCAUGUUCUCGAGCCCAACAGCCGAGAAACCGUGGCUCGUGCGAAAUGAAUUCGUGCAGCCGAUGCGUGCUCUUCGCGACUACCGCAGCAUGCUCCAAGGCGCGCACCUGGCGUUGUAUAUGCCGUCGGAAAUCGCCCUCAUCAAGUUCAAGGACGCAUACAGCAGCGGCAUCCCAAUAGCGGCAAUACGGAAGUGAAGUUCUUUUACCAGCUCAGCCAUGCACAUGCAUCGACAGCAAAGUGAGCGCAAAUAUAAAAGUAGAAACCCCAUUACACAAUCCGACUUACCUUGUAGAUGUUUUUUGCCCUUGCGAAUCCGAAACAAGGUCCGGAUGGAUACACAGCAGAUGCUGAGAACGCCUCGUGCAGAACCCACUUCCGAAUUCCAUACCCUCCGGAGUGGUACUACCUGGCGCGAAUUCUUGUGCCCUUCGGCUAUGACGCCAACACAAUUGCUUUGCUCGUCACUGACUCAGAACCCACGUUCGCACACACCCAGAAGAGGAAUAGAAUAUGUGGCGUGCCACACCUGCGUGAACUGUUCCCGGAUGAGCGCGCCACGAGCCCAAAAAUUUCGAAAACUCAAGUCAUGCGAAGUGCUGCAAAGCAAUUUUGUUUCCAUACUUCCGGGCAAAUACUGACAGGGCGCGCUACAGCCUCCGGGCUGCAGGGGUAUGCAAACAAACUUUCCGCCGCACUGCUUCGCAUUCGUGAGUAAGCCCACAAGCACGAAUGGCGCUGCCAGCUGGUUUCAGCUGCGCAUUCGCUUAUUCGGGUCUCCGUAGAAGAAGAGAGAGGCACGAUGGUGCGACGUCGCGAAACGCAUGAGCUGCUUGACUUCCCCUUCAACGCGAUAUUCAUUCCGAAGCGUCCAGCGGAAAUGGCUUGCAUACCGGAUGCUUGGCGGGCGUCGAGCAGAGCACGCUGCCGUUCUCCGCGGCGACGACCGGCCCGUUCUACAAGGGCACUGUAGAUAAAGUCCGCACACUUUUCUUCUGGUUGCGACUCAGUGAUGUGGAGCGUUUUCCGCAUGUCCUGCGGUUCUCUGCCGUCGUCGACCUGGUGUACCUCGCACGGCAUGUUGGUCUCGAUGUGGUGUCCAGCCGCAUGAAAGAAUUUUUCUUCGGCAGAGUUGUUGCUAACACAAUUGGUUUUUAUCGACAGACACUGCGCCGCCUUUUAUAACGACAGAAGAACUGAAACCUCG